AUGAGCAGCCAAGCUCAUGUCAUGGACACCUUCGAGCGACAGAAGGGCUGCUUCCUUCAGGCCUUGGCGUUGAAUCGCUUCGCCUUGGCUUUCAAGAUCGGACUGGCCUUGAAUUCGCGAGACCUGUGGCUGGCUUUGGGCAGAAGGAGCCUGGAGUGCCUGGACAUCGCCUGGGCAAAGAAGGCGUACAGACAAGCGCCUGCUCCUGGAAUGGUGAUGUACAUGGACAAAAUCCAAACUGUCGAGGACAAGCUCCUCCUUAGCGGUCAUGUGUCUGCCCUCUUCGGGAACUUCGCGAAGGCGAGAGAGUACUUCCUGCAGAGUUGCAGUCCAGAGACUGCGUUGGACAUGCACUGCGACUUCCUUGAAUGGGAUCAGGCAUUGCAAUUGGCGCAAACGUACGCUCCGCACCGCUUGAGCGACAUUUACAUGAAGAGCGCGCUGCAACUGGAAGGCCGUAACCAGAACGAGCAGGCCCUGAGCCAUUAUGAGAUGGCGAUGCGAGACCACAUACCGGGAACCCGGCCGGAGCACGAAUCACAGUGCAAGGCCGGUAUUGCACGCACCUCGGUCAAGAUGGGUGACCUGCCGCGGGGCAUGCAGAUGGCCCUCGACCUCAACGACCCAACCGUUUGCCGCGACUGUGCCGCAGUGCUACACAAGAUGAAGCAGUAUGUCGAGGCCGCCCAGCUGUACGAGGCUGCAGGCUCUUACGACCAAGCAGCAUCACUGUAUAUCUUGGACUUGAACUUCGACGCUGCCGCGCCACUCAUGGCCAAGAUUUCCACGCCAAAGCUGCACCUGCAGUUCGCGAAGGCCAAGGAGUCUCGUGGCGCAUAUCAAGAUGCUUUGGUUGCGUACGAGCGAGCUCGGGAUCUGGAUAGUAUGGUUCGAAUUUGCCUGGACAAUCUGAACCAGCCCCAGAAGGCUUUCCAACUCGUGCGCGAGACGAAGCUGGCUACAGGGGCCGAGCGCGUGGCGGAAUAUUGCCGAAAAAAUGGCAACAUCUCUGGUGCGGUAGAGUUUCUGCUCCUGGCCAAAAACACAGAUGAGGCCUUCCUUCUGGCAGAGCGGCAGGACGAGAUGGCGACGUUCGAAGCUGGUCUCGGCGAUCAUGGCACGCAACAGCAGCACCGCGCAAUCGCCAAGUACUACGAGCAGCGCAACCUUUUGGCCAACGCUGCCAAGCACUAUGCGCUGUGUGAGGAGUACCCGACCGCUCUGAGGCUAUACUUGAAGGUUGGAGAGAAGGAGAUUGAUCACGCCAUUGAGGUGGUGGGCAAGGCGAGGAAUGAUUCCCUGACUCACACGCUGAUUGACUACCUCAUGGGCGAGACGGACAAUGUGCCAAAGGAUGCCAAUUACGUGUACAGACUGCACAAGGCUCUCGGAAACUACAUGCAGGCUGCUGGCACCGCCCACAUAAUUGCCAAGCAAGAGCAAGAGAUGGGCAAUUACAAGCAGGCUCAUCAGCUCCUUUUCCGCACCUACCAGGUCAGCGCACUGAUGCAUCCGUGCACAUCGCAUUCUCUGCGUUAA